UGCUCAUCACGCACCUCCGCGCCGAUCAAUUGUUUUCGUUGCGGAUACGACGCAGAUUGGACACAACUCGAAGGCAGGGACGUGGAAGCGUCCUGCGUGUCGUGAAAAAGUGCGAAGCCAUUAGGCCAAACGUGAGGUUUUGAGGAUUUGCUUAUAGGUUAUUAGCUGGUGCAUGUCGAUAUUGUUUCGUCAUUAUUUUUUUUUCACGAACGAGUCCCCGACGCUUUCACGCGCCAUAUCAGGUAUUCCAUAUUUCGAAAAAUUUAUGGCCCGAACGAACAAACGAAUUUGCUCAAAACCUCGCACUGCCGUCUACCCCAAGCGAACGACGCUUUGCGUUCGACAGAGCGAGAGCUGACGAAAAGAAAUCUCCCGCUUUCUAACGGUACUUGAGCAUUGCAAUGAUGCCUUUUGCUGCCGCUUUUGGUGUGCCAUUUAGAUUGUAUGUGUUCGACUUCUUUUUUUCGCGCAGGAACAAAAUGGCGGAAGAGGAGUUCGCGAUCACUGGUUUCUCGGCCUAUUUUCCGGGAGCCGACCACCUGGUCGAGUUCAAGGAGAAGCUAUACGCCGGUGUGGACUUCGUCACAGAUGAGGAGAUGCGCUGGCCUCGAGGUCACCUGGGCCUUCCCGAAAGAAUGGGAGCAAUCCGCGACCUGACCCUCUUCGACGCGCAGUUCUUCGGUGUGCACCCGAAACAGGCACACAAGAUGGACCCCCAGCUGAGACUCCUGCUGGAGACCUCGUACGAGGCCAUCGUGGACUCCGGCUACGACCCGGCCACCUUGCGCGGACGCAAGGUGGGCGUCUUCAUCGGGGCCUCCGACUCCGAGAUGUUGGAAGGGUUAACCGUAGACACGGACAAGAUCGACGGAUACGCGCUGGCCGGCUGCUGCCGAUCCAUGUUCUCCAAUCGCAUCUCCUUUUCGCUCGACUUCCACGGACCGAGCAUCACUGUCGACACCGCGUGCUCGUCUACAAUGAUUGGCCUAAACCAGGCCAUGCUGGCGCUUCGCUCCGGACAGUGCGAGGCUGCUAUCGUGGGCGGUAGCAUGCUCACACUCAAGCCCGCAUCGUCCAUUAACUUUUGGCGCCUCGGCAUGCUCUCCCCGGAUGGCAAAUGCAAGGUGUUUGACUCUGACGGAAACGGAUACGUCCGCAGUGAAACCGUAGGCGUCUUCUUUCUUCAACGAGCUUCUGAGGCCCGUCGUAUCUAUGCCAAAGUGAUCAACGUCAAGGCCAACACGGAUGGCUACAAGACCGAGGGAAUCACGUUCCCGUCGUCCAAACUGCAGGAGCGGCUUCUGCGCGAGGUGUACACCGAAGCUAAAGUCGAUCCACGCAAAGUCGGGUACGUCGAGGCCCACGGUACAGGAACCAAGGUUGGCGAUCCCCAGGAGUUGGGCGCCAUCAGCAACGUCUUCUGCGGGCCCGGUCGGGAGAAGCCGCUCAAGAUCGGCUCCGUCAAGAGUAACAUAGGACACUCCGAGGGAUCCUCAGGCAUUGGCUCAAUGGCCAAGGUUAUCCUGGCCCUGGAGACGGGCACCAUCGCUGGCAACCUGCAUUUCAAGGAGGCCAACCCCAACAUCCCGUCUCUGCACGACGGCACCAUUGAGGUGGUGGACAAGACGUCCCCGUUGCCAGGCAACCUGAUUGGCAUCAACUCGUUCGGCUUCGGCGGCGCCAACGUACAUGCCAUCCUGGAGGCGAACCCGGCGCCCUGCGUGGACGCCUUGCCACGCGAGAAGCCCGAGCUGCCAAGAUUGGUCCUCAUGGCUGGCAGGAACAAGGAGUCGCUGGAGCGUACUCUGAACCGGGUCGAAGCCGAGGGACCAUACCCGGACUCGGCGUACGCCCUCCUAAACAAGGUCGGCCAACCCAGCAUAUACCAGUUCCCGUACCGAGGUUUCGCCGUGAUCCGCGUCGACGGUUCGGGCAAGGAAGCCGUCAAGGUGACCGAGCAGGCGCCAUUCGAGAAGCGGCCCCUGUGGUUCGUCUUCACCGGCAUGGGCUGCCAGUGGAACGGCAUGGCCCGCCAGAUGAUGCAGUUUGACGUGUUCGCCCGCUCCAUACACAAAUCUCACGAGCUGCUCAAGCAGUUUGGCAUCGACCUCAUCGACCUGGUGACCAGCGACAACCCAGCCAACCAAACCUUGGUGUCGCCGUUCGUCUCCGUCGCCGUCAUUCAGGUGGCGCUUGUUGACAUGCUUCGUGCCAUUGGUGUCCAUCCGGAUGGCAUUUUGGGUCACUCGGCGGGCGAGACCGGUUGCGCCUACGCCGACGGAGGCUUCACCGCAGAGCAGACUGUGUUGUGCGCUUACUGGCGAGGCCGCUGCGUUGAGCUGGAAAAUCCUCCAAAGGGGGCCAUGGCUGCAGUCGGCCUGACGUGGGAGGAAACAAAGAAGCGCUGCCAUGACGGCGUCAUCGCUGCGUGCCACAACGCCCAGGACUCUGUGACCGUGUCCGGGCCGGCCAAGGCCGUGGCCAAGAUGGUCGCAGAGCUCAAGGCCGAGAACGUGUUCGCCCGUGAGGUGAACAGCAUGAACGUGGCCUUCCACAGCCCUCAGAUACAGAGCGUAGGGCCCUCGCUCCGGCAGGCCCUAGAAAAGGAGGCUCCUCACCCGAAGCCCCGCACCGAGCGCUGGGUGAGUUCCUCGGUGCCAGAGAGCCGCUGGGGUGAACCCUUGGCCCAGCGCUGCUCGGCCGAGUACCACGUGAACAACAUGCUCUCGCCCGUGCUCUUCCGCGAGGCCCUCCAACACGUGCCCAGCAAUGCCAUCGUGGUCGAGAUCGCGCCACACUGUCUUCUGCAGGCCAUCCUCCGGCGUGCCCUGGGCUCCGGCGCCAGCUGCCUCGGCCUGAUGAAGCGCAACGAGGACAACCACGCCUUCUUCCUCAGCUCAUUGGGCAAGCUACACACGCUGGGAGUCCAGAUGGACUUGGCUCCGUUGUAUCCGCCGGUGCCGUGGCCCCUGCCGCGUGGUACGCCCAACAUCGGCCACCUGGUCAGCUGGGAUCACUCGCAGCAGUGGGGCGUCGUCGGGUGGAACGAGUUCCCGACGUUGGCGCAGGUUCCCGAGGAAGCCGUCGAGGUCAACGUCGAGGACAACGAAGGCGACGCCUACCUAGCCGGCCACCAGCUGGACGGCCGAGUUCUGUUUCCCGCGACUGGCUACAUGGUGCUGGCCUGGAAGUCCUUGACCAAGCGCUGUGGCAAGUUGUUCCACCAGGUGCCCGUGGUUUUUGAGGACGUGACCCUACACAGGGCCACCAUCCUACCAAAGAGCGGCUCCGUGAAGUUCCUGGUGAACAUCAUGCGCGCCACUGGCGUGUUCGAGGUGUGUGAGGCUGGCACAGUGGCCGCGAGCGGCCACAUCCGCAUGGCCGAAGAAGGCGAGAAGGUCUUGAACAGGGAGCCCCCCGGGACGCCCGCUGAGACCGUGGCCUACGAUCUGGACGCCGAGGACAUCUACAAGGAGCUCAGGCUUCGGGGCUACGAGUACUACGGAGGCUUCCGGGGCAUCAUCAAGGCCGACCUCAACAAGCCGUACGGCACGCUCAAGUGGGAGGACAACUGGGUCACCUUCACUGACACCAUGCUUCAGUUCUGCAUCUUGGGCAACCCACUGCGAACCUUCAGACUGCCCGUCAGGAUACAGUCGUGCCGCAUCGACCCCGAAGUCCACGCUAAGGUGGUCGAAAAGGUUGGCGAUGCGGGCCUCCACGUCGUCUACAACCCUUACCUCAACACGUGCCGCGCCGGCGGCGUCGUGAUCCGGGGCCUCAAGGCCAGCAUCGGUCCGCGGCGCGCUGUGCAGCAGACGCCUUUCCUUGAAGAAUACCAGUUCGUGCCGUACGCAGACAAUGAUUCUGCUCGCGACGAGCGUGAGUCCCGCAUCCACGAGUACGUCGAGGUGUGCUGCGGCGUCGCGCGCCGCGUCCUCGAGUCGUGUGGCAUGAACAGGGCGCAAGUCUCGGACGUCAUGAACGGCUUCCGCGAAGCUCCCGAACAAGUGCUCAACCGCUACCUCGAGAACCCGGGCGAGAACCAUGGCCUCCUCAAAGUCCUGGCCGCCAUCCAGAAACAGGCCAACGGCUCCGCCGCGUCUCUGUUCGCCACCGUCCAGUCGACCCUCGAUGCACACAAGGAGGACCUGCAACGGGACUUCCUUAACACGGUUCUCCUCGAAGAGGACCCGCUGCGCUACCUCUUGGACGUCGUGGUCGAGAACACGAGCACCAAAAAGAUGCGCGUUCUGGAGUUGGCAGGAAAAGACAGCAUGUUGCUGGCGCCAUGGGUGACUGACCUACUUCGCCUAGCGAACAUCCUACUGAAGAUUGAGUACACCGUGGCCCACCCGGCUCCGGACACGAUCGCGACAGAGCAGCUUUCGGAAGGAGCGAGAACGGUCAAGUGGGACCCCGCCUCGGUCUCCACGGGUGGCCUUCCCGAAGCAGACCUGAUCGUCACGCGCGGCGAGUCUGGCAAGAAUCUCGAGUCUCUGGCCGAGGAUCUCUUCUCCCAAUGCAAGGAGAACUGCUUCGUCCUGCUCGACCAGCGCACAGCACUCACUCCUGCCGAGACGUUCUUGUCGACAAUCGGCAAGGUACCGCUCCGGGUCCAAGCAGUCGAGACCGUGGAGGCCGCCUUCCGCGCCCGCGGAUUCCACGUGGUCGGCCUCAAAUCCAACAAUGUGUCCACGCUGUUCCUGCUCAGGAAGGCCUCCGUUGUCGACGCGGCGAAACAGGAGGUGAUCAAGGUCAGAAACACCGGUUACGACUGGGUUGAGCCUCUCAAGACUAAGGCAGCCGAAUACGAGAGCGGGCCUGCCGGACAUAAUGUCUGGCUGCUCGCCGAGGACGUGGCCAUCAGCGGAGUCGUGGGACUGACCAACUGCCUCCGGCAGGAAAGCGGAAGCCACGUCAGGUGCAUAUUCAACGCGAGCAUCAAGGGACCGAACAAGGUCGCCGACUUCAGCCCAAGCAACCCGGCAUACAAGGACAUACUAGAAAAAGACUUGGUCAUGAACGUAUACCGCGAUGGGCAGUGGGGAUCGUACAGGCACCGGGUCGCGCAGUCUGACGGAGCUCCGAAGACCAACACGCCGUACGCCUUCCUGAACGUGCAAACCCGAGGCGAUCUGUCUAGCCUGCAAUGGUACGAGUCGCCGCUACGAUACGCGUCACCGUCUAGCAGUACGCAUGGUGUCCUGUGUAGCGUAUACUACUCCCCACUCAACUUCAGAGACAUCAUGCUGGCCACCGGAAAGCUUCCACCGGAUGCUUUGCCUGGCAACCUGGCUUCCUCGGACUGCGUCCUCGGCCUGGAGUUCUCUGGCCGCGACCCGAAGGGACGCCGAGUCAUGGGCGCCGUGGCAUCCCAAGGCAUGGCGACGGCAGUGGCCGCAGACCCAGGCUUUCUGUGGGAGGUGCCUGAGUCGUGGAGCCUUGAGGAAGCCUCCACAGUUCCGGUCGCCUACUCGACCGCCUACUACGCGCUGCUGGUGCGAGGCAACAUGAGACCGGGAGAGUCCCUGCUUGUCCACUCUGGCAGCGGUGGCGUCGGACAGGCGGCCAUCUCCAUCGCCCUAUCCAUGGGUUGCACGGUCUUCACCACCGUCGGUUCCAAGGAGAAGCGAGAGUUCCUCAAGCGCCGCUUCCCGCAGCUCCAGGACCGCAAUUUUGCAAACUCGCGCGAUCUCUCGUUCGAGGCUCACGUCCUUCUGGAGACGAACAGCCGAGGUGUUGACCUCGUACUCAACUCGCUGGCAGAAGAGAAGCUCCAGGCCAGCGUCCGCUGCCUGGCAACCCACGGCCGAUUCCUGGAGAUCGGCAAGUUCGACCUGUCCAAGAACUCGCCGCUGGGCAUGUCGGUGUUCCUCAAGAAUGUCACCUUCCACGGCAUCCUGCUGGACGCGCUCUUCGGCGACGAUCCCUUCGUCGCCGCCGACAAGCGCCGCGUCGUCGAGCUUGUCCGUGAGGGCAUUGCUUCGGGCGCGGUGCGACCGCUGGAUGCCAUCAAGUUUGAGCGGGACCAGGCCGAGGAGGCGUUCCGGUUCAUGGCCUCCGGAAAGCACAUGGGCAAAGUGGUGCUCCAGAUCAGGCCGGAAGAGACCUCGCGCAAGACGACGCCCGCCACGCCACUCACGGUGGUGGCCGUGGCCCGCACCUGCUUCUACGAGCACAAGUCGUACGUGAUCGCCGGCGGUCUCGGGGGCUUCGGCCUGGAGCUGGCCGACUGGAUGGUGCACCGCGGAUGCCGCAAGCUGGUGCUCAGCGCGCGGUCCGGCGUGCGCACGGGGUACCAGAGGCUGUGCCUUCACCGGUGGCAGCAUGCGGGCUGCAAGGUGGUUGUGAGCAAAGCCGAUGCCUCGACCGAGAAGGGCGCCCGGCAGAUCGUCGAGGACGCCAAGGCACUGGGACCGGUCGGUGGCAUCUUCAACCUGGCAGUGGUUCUACGCGACGCACUGCUUGAGAACCAGACGCCAGACACCUACGAGAUCGUGUGCAAGCCCAAGGUUGACGGAACUCAACAUCUGGACGAACUGUCUCGAAAAACGUGCCCGCAGCUCGACCACUUCGUCGUCUUCUCGUCCGUGUCCUGCGGCCGAGGCAAUGCCGGACAGACCAACUAUGGCUACGCCAACUCCGUCAUGGAGCGGAUCUGCGAGAGACGGGUUUCCGAAGGGCUUCCCGGCCUUGCCAUCCAGUGGGGCGCCAUCGGUGAUGUCGGCGUUCUCCACGACACCAUGGGUGCCGAUGUGGUUGUCGGCGGCAGCCUGCCCCAGCGGAUCAGCUCCUGCAUGGCCGUCAUGGACAGGUUCCUCAGCCAAAGCCACCCGGUCGUCUCGAGCUUGGUCAAGGCCGACCUUUCCACCAAGUCGGAUGGAAAGAACAAGCAGGGCCUUGUCCAGUCCAUCACACACAUCCUGGGUGUGAAGGACCCGGCCAGUCUGAACCCGAACAUGAGCCUCGGAGAGCUGGGCAUGGACUCGCUCAUGGGCGUCGAGGUGAAGCAGACCAUCGAGCGCGACUACGAUCUCACCCUGUCCAUGCAAGAGAUCCGGCAGCUCACCAUCAACAGGCUGCGCGAGAUUGACGGCGGUGCCAGCAGCGAGCGGGUGUCCUCUGCAGCAAAUGCCGCCGCCGCGCCGCAGGAAAGCGAGGAACCCGCAGACGUGUCCGAGGUGCCGCGGCUGACGCUCAUCAAGGAGCUGGUUCCCCGCAACAUCCUGGUUGAGAUGAACGGCCUGAGGGGAGCCUCGCCCGUGUUCAUCGUGCACCCUGUCGAGGGUCACGUGAACGCCCUGUCCGAGCUGGCCAGCCAGCUCCCCGUUCGAGCUGUCGGAGUGCAGAGGACGCCCGACGUUUCGGGCUGGUCCAUAGAGGAGAUGGCCGCCGUGUACCGACAGAAACUCGUCGAGGUUCAGCCCAGGGGUCCCUACCACGUGGUCGGCUAUUCGUUCGGCGCCGCAGUGGCCUUCGAGAUAGCCGUCCAGCUGCAAGCGUCGGGAGCCUCCGUAGGCAGCCUGACCCUCCUGGACGGCGCCCCACAAUACAUGUCUGUGCACACCAGUCAACACCUGUCGCGCUUCUCUGGUAGCAAGGACGACGAGGAGUCCUCACUCUUCUGUGCCUUCCUCAUGCAGUACAUGGACAUCGACUUCAUAGAGGUCCGGAACCAGAUGAAACAGCACCCGAACUGGGAUGCCAAGCAAGAAGCAGCCACAGACAUUCUUCUCAAGGCAUACCCCGACGUACGGCCGAGCCGCUCGGACGUGGCUGCGGCGACGCGAGUCUUCUACGAGUUCCUCCUGUCCGGCACCAACUACAAGCCCCAGGUGAAGUUCCAUGGCGACAUCGUGCUUGUCAAGCCGACCAGGCCACGAAAAAUGGCGAGGCAGUUGCCAUUCGACUACGGCCUCUCCGAGUGCUGUGAUGGCAAGGUCGAGAUCAAGGUGGUCGACGGCCUCCACGAAAACUUCAUCCUCGGCCAAGGUGCCAAACAGUGUGCGGCUAUCAUAAGUCAACAAGUUAAACAUUGAAUUUUUAAAAAACAUACCGUACAUGUUUGAACAAACCCCAGGUGGCUCUCAUCUCCGUAUGCAACGCACCAAGCCCCGCGAAGUGUGGCUGGACCGGGGUUUUUGUGGAGCGAGUGUUUUGAUUGACUAAACGACUGAGCCACAUCAUUUUGCACUGUACAGGAAAGAACUCGUUCGCGUGGAACAUUGCAGAUGAUGUAGGAGCAGGCGUCCGCGAAACGCCAUUACUGUCACGUGCGAAUGGGCAGCAAUUAUUUGCAAGCUUGUUUUGGACCGGCUUCGAAGUUGGCUGUAACAAAUUUAGGUAACCGUAAGCAGGAACUCUGGGUCCACGCCAAGUCAUGAGAAAGUACAAGGGAUAGUUCCUGCACGCAAUCGUGCAAGGUUUGUACUUCCGCCUAAGUAUUGCAGUAGCCCAAGAACUGGACCGAACUACCGACUCACCAGAGGGCUCUCAAUCCCUGAUGUACGACGGUCGCAGUAAACAGACAAAAAUCAAGAGAAAGAGACAAUGAAAUGUGUAAAAGUGUAUUCGUCAUUCGAAGAUGUACACCUGUCAGGUGUGAGGCUACGAAGUGGCCUUUUUUUCUCGUUCUCUUGAGAUGGUGUCCUUGUUUUUCUUUUGCUGUCAUUCUUUUUUUCUCUGGUUAUUACAUGUACAAAGACAGCUGUCUAGCAGAGACGGCUGUGUAUUUAUGUAUUUGCCAGAACCAUGACGAACACUUUAUGUUCAUUUUUAUCACAUUCUUUAUAUUUUGACCCUGGAAAUAAAGACUUUUGUCGCGUA